AUGGCAAACAACAUCCCUCCGUUGAAGGCCGUACUCACCAUGGGCGACGAGCUGUCGAAAUGCGCAAAGAGAAGCAACGCCGGUGACGUCAUCAAGUGCCUGGGCAUGCGGAUCGUGCAGACAGUGCCGCCCCUGAGCUUCCUGAACAAGAUGAGCGACAUGCUUACCGAGUACUUGCAGGGCUUCGCCCGCACCGCUGCCACGGUCGCCAGCCAGGCCCUGAAGGACGGCGUCGCUCUCAUCCAGGACGCCUCCGUGUCCACCUUCCCCCGAGCGGGCGCAGCACCGGUCGUGCAGCACGAGAGCAGGAACUUCAUGAUCCAGACCCACUCAGAGCGCCGCUUGGAUAGCUUCGUUCUGAUUUUGCGGUUGGGGGCAGGAGAUGAUGACCCACCGACGGAUGGACUUGGCUUCAAGGUUGGUGUCGAGGGCAGCAACUAUGCCUCGAGGCUCGUCACCCAGUUCGGUGGCCGGGAGACGGACACCAGCUCCUGCCUGGCCUUUGCCCCGCAGUCGCGGCGCUCUCGCAAGACGCGGAGUGACUGGCAGGUGUCGAACAAGGACGAUUUUAUCAAGCUCGAGCCUUACGCCGUACCCUGUGGUGUCAGCUGGAUGAAGUCGAACCCCACGAAGUGGGAGGGCUACGCGUUUUACACGUCCGAACUGGCCAUCGAGAAGUGCCUCACGGUGACCUACAAAAUGAAUGCACAGCCCGUCUUAGCCUUCGUGGGUGGCCUGCAGUUCGACGUGAUGCCGGGACCCCUGGCCUCAGUGGAUGCACAAGUCUGCUGGCCCCUCGGAAACCCGGAUGGCAUGGAUCUGACGCAGCUGAAGACGGUGAUCCGCUCAUGUGGAGUCACGCUCUUCAGUCGCACGCUGCGCCUGAGCAAGCGGUUUGGGAGCAGCACGGACUUCGACAGCAAGAACACCUACGGCAGCACGGCCACCUGGAUUCGCCCUGCCAACCCUCGGGAGUCCAUGAGCCGGACCAAGCUCCUGGAGACCAACAGCAGCGUCCACCCAGAAGACUUGCCAUCCAUGAACGCCAGCGAGGCACCGGAGGGUGGAUUGGCGCAGCUGGCGCAGCUGGAGUGGGAGGCUCCGAUGGAGGACCUCUACUUGGCCUCGUUGGAUCUAGGUCCAGAUCUCGGCAUGAAGACCCACUCUGAGCUAAGGGGCGAGGGAGUGGCCCGGCGGCUGAAGGGCGAACAGAGUGGCGAACGGAUGGCAGAGGAGGAGCUUUUGGGCCUGAGCUCCUCGGGCAGCUCCUCGCUUUUCCAGCUCUUCAGCUUCAAGCACCCGGGCAACAUCAACUUCCAGCUCAAGGGCCUGCUGGAGGGCAACAGCCUCGAGCUGGGCAUGCGCAUGGGCUUCGGGCCUUUCGAGUCCGAGGAGAAGAGGCUCAAGCUCGUGGACAUCGUAGACCAGCUCCAGGGGUUCGCGGUGACCCUGAAUGCUCUGCCCUUCGUGUCCUCGAAAAGCAGGGAGAAGGCUUUGGAUGCCCUCCGCUCCUUCUCCACAAACUAUGUGCCGCCCACCGUCUUCGAGCCGGGCACCAUGGUCGCCCUCUACAGUAAGAAGCAUGAGCGAUACAUCAAGGCCUCGGACCGGCGCCGAGGCAGGGAUUUGGGGGCGACCGGAAGAAUGAAAGCUCGAGACCUGAAGAAAACGUGGGAUCGCGAGUACUUCACCGUGGUGGAUGCAGGCAACGGGGAGGUGGCAUUUCACAACCCGAGGUUCAACCGCUUCAUCAGGAUGCAAUCUAAGACGAACAUGGACAUGAGCGGCGAUAGGGCCACGCUCCCAGCCAAUUGGAAAUCUGAGCGAUUCACGCCUGUGAAUGCGGGUAAAGGGGAGAUUGCUCUUUAUUGCCGAGCGCAUCGCCGCUUCAUGCAGAUGCGGCCGGAGGGCACCAUGCAGACGAAAGGUGGGGGGAAAGGUGACAAAGACUUGAAUGCCGACGACCUGUCUCCCAAUUGGACAUACGAGCGGUUCACCGUGGUCCAAGGCCAUCCUUACUUCUACCUGGAGCCCGGGUCUGUCGUUGCUUUCCGGUGCAAAAAGCACAACCGCUUCAUGCGCAUGAAUGGGAAUGACAUGUCUGUCACUGGCUGGCAUGGACCAUAUUACAAACCCACCUCGCGUGAGUCGUACACAUUCUUCAAGGUAGUAGAUGCGGGGGGUGGUCUCAUUGCUCUUCACAGCGCAAAGUACAAUCGCUUCGUUGCAAUGACGAGCGACCGCAAGAUGAGGGCCAGCGCUUCACUGUCUGCGCACGAGCUGCCGGACGACUGGGCCAGCCUGCGGUUCGCGGUAGUGCCGGCCGGGAACGAGCAGAUUGCUUUGCACAAUCCCUGGAGGGGCCGCUUCAUCUCCCUGUCGAAGAAAGACCUGGUGGUAAGUGGGAGCAAGAAAGCGCAGGACUUGCCCAGUGGCUGGAGCUGGGAGCGAUUCAAGGUUUACGUGGUAUCCAGCCCCUCGCGAGCGUCGAGCCACACAGGGGCCUUCGAGGGUGCGCGAUGA